GAAUGGGGAGGGGGUGUUAUCGUCCUUUGCUAAAGCCACUGAGAGAAACCAGAGGGCUGAUCGUUACUGACAGCGACCCUGAGGAGAGAGAGAGAGAGAGAGAGAGCAGAAAUCAGAGAGAAGAGGAGGAGAGACACUGAAGCUGCUGAAACGGAAGUGUAUGAGCGUGUGCGUGUGUGUGGAGUCUAUCACCAGCAGCAGGAAUCGGUGCUGUCCGAGGUGCUGAACGCAUCACUCCAUCUUGACCUCUUGCUUGACCUCCUGGAGAAAUGACAAUUCCCAGACUGCUGCUCGGCCUCGCCUAUGUUGCCACUUUCCUCGCCACAUUAGUCUGGUGUCAAGAGGGGGCAUGUCUGCAGGACGGGAGACACAAAGCCACGCCCAGUCCAGAGCCCUAUCUGAAAGAAUGCUCAAUGUACAUGGAGAAUGCUUGCUGCUCAGAGCAGGACAUUGAUGACCUCACUGCGCCCCCUGCUGGUGUUGACAGUGCCCCGUGGGACAGGUGUGGCACACUCAGUCCUGUCUGUGAGGCCUUCCUGAAGAGGGUGGUCUGCUUCUAUCGCUGCUCUCCCCAUGCUGCUCACUGGCCACACCCCCAGCGAGACUCAUUCCUGAAGGCAGUGCCACUGUGCCACAGCUUCUGCAGAGACUGGUACGAAGCAUGUAAAACUGACCUGACGUGCGCUCGGGACUGGGCCGGAGACCCAAGAGGACUGAACUGCACCGGCAGCUGCGUACCUUACCAACAGAUGUAUCAGCAUGGGCGGGACCUGUGUGAGAGUCUCUGGGGUGACGCCUUCAUGACAGUGGAGGAUGAGGCCGGGGAGGAAGACAGGGUCGAAGGUCAUGGCUGUGGCUGUUUAACCCUCAGCCCUUCAGACCGUGACGUCAUUGCUGCCCUGAGAGCACAGAAGGACAACCCAGAUGAGCUGGACACCACCAAAAGCGGCCUGCCUCAGUACCGGGCGCCCUGUGCACACGCUGCUGCAGCCCCCCCACAGACCCGGAGCAGCAAUGCAAAUUCAGUGCUGCGCAAACGUUCGGUUCCCAUUCAUGAUACAGAGGGCAGCGGCAGCGGCUUCUAGAAUCUUUCUCUCCUGAAUCAUCUUCCUUAUCUUCCUGAAUCAUGAGCACUGGACCCCAAACCUGGGCCUGAUUUAGCCCUGCCCUGCCUUUUUGUCAUUUUUUCAUUUAUUAUCUAAACCAUUUGAAAAAUGCCAGCUGCCCUUUGUAUCUGCUCUUAAAAAUAGUAGUCUUAAAAAUGUCAAAAAAGUGUGAAGAACCUUUUUCAAGAAGGUCAAAGGUGUUCCACUAAAUGUAAAGGUUCUAUAUUAAUUCAAUGUAAUUUUUCCUAGAAGCAGAGCCAAACCAAGAACCAUUUAGGUCCCUUUAUUUUUUAAAAGGACACUAAGGACUAGGAAAAUCUCCUUCUGAUGACAUCAAUUGAUCACAGGAACUUUUGAAACACUACGGCUGCUUUGGAGUGGAGUUUUGGGGGCCAUACAGACCAAAUGCUGGAGGGCUUGCAGACAUUUAUAUGUGUUUGAAAUGUGCCUUUUGUUUGCUAGCUGGCCUAAUGAAGCUAACGUUACUGCUAAGAAGCUAGACAACACGUUUCAAACAGCCCGUCCCCAAACAUCCACCCCAAAGCAGUUGUAGUUUUUCAGAAGUUCCUCCCACCUUCAAGACAGAAGGGGGGGGUUUCUUAGUCUGGCCUGAGUGUCCCUCUAAGGGUGGAGUAUGAACAUUUAUGAUGAAAGGACCAAUAGAAACAGAAGAAUCCAAAAUUACUUCUACAACACUGACAAUAUUUCAAUGUUUUUCCUGCUCUAACUCACCUGAUCCAACCAAUCAGAUAAUUGAUAUGGUCGGUGAUAGGUCAGGAAAACACUAAAAUGUGCAGGACGGGGGUACCUCAGCACCAGGGUUGGGAACCACAGCUGUACAACUUCUAAUAUUCUAAAAAAAUUAACUGUUCUAGAACAUCUGUUUCUUUUCUAGAACAAACCAUAUCACUACACUACAGAGUCCCUGAUAUGGAUGUGUUCUUCCUAUUGUUACUUCAUGCCAGUCUGCUACUUAGGUCUUUUAAAGGAGUUGUUAAGUCUAAACUGCAAGUGUAGCUAACAAUAAAAGAAUGUGACAAACCACCACUUAGCAUUAUGAAAAUGGAAUCAUGUUAACUGGUGGCUUCCAGUUUGUAUUUAUAGUUAGCCAUUUUAGCAUGUUUGCUAAAGCUGUUCCUUUAAUGACCUAUUUCAUGACCUAUUUCAGUAUCUGCUCAUUUAGUAACAUUACCUUACACAGAUAACUACAUAUUCUGAGGUGUAUUAACAGAGUAAAAUUAUUGCAGUAAGCAAUAUCAUUACAAUCAAUACUACUAAUAUUGCUUUCUAUGCAUUAUAGUGUCAGUGAUAGCACUCCGCAGUAACUCACUCCGCAGCCUGUGGAUCCCACAGAGUAAAUGGUCAGCAAAAGACUAGUAGAUACUGGGUCUGACGCUGAAGUACAAAAUGUCCACCAAGUACGUGGGUCGUUUAUGGUAACUAAUAUCAGUAUCUGCUUUGUGGUUGUUGUCUAUAAAAACCAGUAGUGAGAAAUGUUGGACCAAACAUAACAAACAUGGAAGCCAUUACGAUCAUAAAGCACAGACUUGUUAAGUACAAAAUUCAUUAUAGAGCCAAAAUUGUAUGCUAGACUCCUAGUCUCUCAAUGCAUGACAUCAGUGUCUUAAUAUUGUGCUAAUCUAGUGUAGCAAUGUAUCUCUUUAUGAUGGGUUGGGGUUUUUGAGUGGAAAGAUAGUGGAGGCUGAAAUUAUGACAAUGUACUAUACAAAAAAUACAAGGUACCACUUGAAUGCUGCUACAGAACAUUGACCUUGCUAUAAAUAUGCCAUGGUUUUGUUCAUUUAUAUAAUUGUGUCAUGUUACUGGUAAUGUUCAAAAGUUUGAUGUCAUGAUGGCUAGAGUACACUAUUAAGGUCAAUAUUAACAUGACACUGUUGUAUUACUGAACAAAAUCUCUCAUGACAGCAUAUGUCCAAAGAAAAACAAGUAUCUCCAAAAUGGUAACUUUACAGGAGAGCUAAGUUAAUUUAAAGACGUUUAAGUGAUUUUGGAGCAUUUCUAUUGGUCCAUUCAAAAUUUUCACACAAUUUAAGGACAACUGGCGUGUUCAAAUGGCAUAGAAAACUAAAAAUCUGCAAUAAUGGAAAUACGUCUUUCUUUGGACAGCGACAAUAUGACAUACACCAUGACAUGUUUCUGGUAUGCUUAUGUCAGCAUUAUGUAGCUGGGUUCAAGUAAAGUGUUACCGUAAGUAAUCAGCAGACUGAAAAUGAUGCUGAAAGUGUGUUGGUAGUAGAUGUGUGUGUGUCUGUGGCACUGUCUGUCACAUAGCUUUUGGUGGUUCUGCCCAAAUUCAGUAGAGCCUGUUUAGGAUUGGUGUACUAGGGCAGCCUCAAAAGCUGCCUGUUUAAUCUGAAUGUGAAAGCUUGGUGGACUACUGUAUUACUGACUCCCUGAAUAAACACUGUGUUUCUAAUC